UGCCAGCAGGCCUGCUGUGUGCCCGUGUGCUGCAAGCCCGUGUGCUGCAAGCCCGUGUGCUGUGUGCCCGUGUGCUCUGAGGCCUCCUCUUCAUGCUGCCAGCAGUCUAGCUGCCAGCCAGCUUGCUGCACCCCCUGCCCCUGCCAGCAGGCCUGCUGUGUACCCGUGUGCUGUAAGCCUGUGUGCUGUGUGCCCGUGUGCUGCAAGCCCAUGUGCUGUGAGCCUGUGUGCUCUGGGGCUUCCUCUUCAUGCUGCCAGCAGUCUAGCUGCCAGCCGGCUAGCUGCACUCCCUCCCCUUGCCAGCAGUCCUGCUGUGUGUCCGUGUGCUGCAAGCCUGUGUGUUGCAAGCCUGUGUGCUGCAAGCCCAUCUGCUGUGAGCCUGUCUGCUCUGGGUCUUCCUCUUCAUGCUGCCAGCAGUCUAGCUGCCAGCCGGCUUGCUGCACCUCCUCCCCCUGCCAGCCGUCCUGCUGCAGACCUUCCUCCUGCGUGUCCCUCCUCUGCCGCCCCGUGUGCAGACCUGCCUGCUGUGCCCCCUCCUCCUCCUGCCAGCCCAGCUGCUGCCGCCCGGCCUCCUGCGUGUCCCUCCUCUGCCGCCCCGUGUGCAGCCGCCCGACCUGCUGUGGCCUCUCCUCGGGCCAGAAGUCCAGCUGCUGA